AUCCCUAAGUGGGACCCCCAGUUUUGCAGAGAGGGGAGACCCUUUGAAACCCCGAGGGGGAGAGAGAGGGGGAACUUCUAGGAGAGUUUUGCGGGCUAAUCUUCAUAUUUUGUAGUAUAUUUUAGCUGAAUCUCAACUUUUUGCAGUUUAUGGGGGGGGAACUUCAUCUCACUAUUUCUGAGGGUUUUUUUGCCUGAAUCUUGGAGAUUUAGGUUUUUCUGGGCUGAAUCUUGGUGUUUUGGGUUUUUUUAUGGACAUGGGAUGCCCAGUGAGCUCUAGAUAUGGACUUGGGCAGGAGGAACCCCCAAGCCAACGCACUCAGCCCUUGUUUUCCCCCCCAUCAGGAUUUGUCCUUCCCAAAGCUUGGGCGGAUGGAGGAGGAGGCUGCGAGGAAGAGGAAGAUGCCUUGGGCCCCCCAGGCAGGUGAGGAGGAAGUCAGUGUCCCUUUGGGCGGGUGUUGUGCUGGCUCUGUCAGCCCAGCAUGGCCCCGGCUGCAGGACAACCCCGCUGGCGCCGCCGUCCUGCCGGGGCCGGAGUUGGGGGGAUGUCCUUGGCCUUCCCUGUGGGCCGGAGGCAAAUCCCCUGCCUGUCCUUCUUGCUUCCUGCCCCAGGCCCCGAGCUGAGGACGGAGAGCCCGGAGGACAAAUCCCCCCGUGAGACCCUGGUGGGAGAGGCCGUUUUGAAGGGCUCCACGGUGCAGGAAGGCAGCGGGGAGGAAAAGGGCCGGAGAUCCCCCCGCAGGAGGGGCUCCAAAGCCAUCCCAGGGUGCUCUGAGGAGGAAAGAGCCAGCCUGUGCCGGGAAGGCGGCCAGAGCUUGAGGGGGAGCUCUGAGCUGGUGGUCCCUGAGCAUCCUCCCAGCAGGGAGAAGCCCUUCAGGUGCUUGGAAUGUGGGAAGAGCUUCAGGAAGAGCUUCAACCUCCUCACCCACCAGCACAUCCACACCGGGGAACGUCCCUACAUGUGUGGUGAAUGUGGGAAGAGCUUCAGGCAGAGGUCCAACCUCCUCACCCACCAGCGCAUCCACACUGGGGAACGACCCUACACAUGUAGGGAAUGUGGGAAGAGCUUCAACCAGAGCUCCAACCUCCGCACCCACCAGGGCAUCCACACUGGAGAACGGCCCUACCCGUGUAUGGAAUGUGGGAAGAGCUUCAGGGACAGCUCCCACCUGAUCGAACACCAGCACAUCCACACCGGAGAACGGCACUACACCUGUAGGGAAUGUGGGAAGAGCUUCAGCCAGAGAUCCACCCUCCUCCAACACCGUGGUGUGCACACUGGGGAACGGCCCUACACAUGUUGGGAAUGUGGGAAGAGCUUCAGUUACAGCUCCACCCUCCACAUCCACCGACUCAUCCACACUGGGGAACGACCUUACAAGUGCUUGGAAUGUGGGAAGAGGUUCAGGACCAGCUCAGAUCUCCUCAGGCAUGAGCAGACACACACGGAUGAGAGGCCCUUCCGCUGCACCGACUGCGGGAAGGGCUUCAACCGGAACUCCCACCUUGUCACCCACCGGCGCAUCCACACAGGGGAGAGGCCCUACAAGUGUGGGGAGUGUGGGAAGAGAUUCACCGAGAGCUCUGCCUUGACCAGACACCAACGGACCCACCGGUAAGGGAAGCUCUACCAGUGCCCCGACUGCGGGAAGAGCUUCGGCCGCUGCUCCAACUCCGUCAGCUAUUGGAGGACCUUUAUUGGAUGAUCCACAGGGACCCACGUUGAGG